AUGGAUGAAUUGAACGCUUGCACAGAAUGCGGAUUCACGACUACUGUAUUUUCCGAGUUUCAAGGACACAUAGGUAACCAACCUGUUCGGAGAUACAUUCAUGCCAAUUCGUUCGAAACAUUCGCCUCCUCGCUUUGUCCAUCUUUUUUGCAUCUCAGAAGACAAACCCGUAAAAUUUCGGAUCGGUAGCGGUGUGGGCUUCAUCCCAUUAACCGGUCGUUUCUAUUUCAAUGCCAUUUCCUCCCUAUUUUGCAACAUUGGCCACUCUGAUAUUGUUCCAUUUUGUAGAGAAACACGAAACGGAGCACAGCCGAUCUUCGAGUGGCGAAAUGUCCAAUUCUCAGGUACGUGUUAAUCAUCCAGGAAGAAGGAGAAAGGACGUGUUGCGUCAUAAUGUCAUGUUUGGCCAAUUAGUGCCGGAGGUAGCGAGGGGAACAGAGGGAGGGAUAAAGUGACGUCCUAACAGGUCUUCCAGACAUACCCCGUGAGACUCGUUAGAAACAUUGAGAUCACCGUUUCAGACUAUCGAAUGGGUGGAUGGUAUUCAGUCGUCGACCCCAUCACCAAGGUCGACGCCACCGACGGAUCCAACUCCCAGUCCGGACUCUGACGAGCACCUCGACCACAUAUCCAUAACCGAAAUCACGAAUACCCUCAUCAAAAGUAUGUUCACUUUCCAUUUUUCUACUUAUCCCCAUCUUCCAGCAGAACCCGGUGGAAAAGGACAAAAGACGGUUCACGUCUGCCCGCAUUGCAAUUUCACCACUUGUAUGUCGCAGCAUAUGAAAAGCCACUUGGUAGGUUCAAGGAUUCAACAAUUCAAGUUUUUCCUUGCCAAUGAAAGAGAGGGCGUGACGUGAGCUCGAUAAGCGUUCUCAAAGUACACUGUAUUGUGGGCUCUCCCUUGUGUGGGAAUUGGGUGCUCCUUCCUGAGAAAAAUAAAAAAACCGCCUGGGGUUAAGAGCUCAUGUAUCCGCACAGAUCUCCCGAUAUUCCCAGAAAGGCAAGUUGUCGGUCCAGUAAGUCAACACGCCGUAACCUCUCCUUCCAUCCGCUCCUUGCCGCUUUUCUCACUAACUACUGUUUACUUUCUAUUGACUGUCCAGUUAUCGGCGUCUCGCAAGCCCCCACACUCUAUUUUGUCGUCCCAACCCAUCACUUCCCGAACGGUCAUCGGGAAGGGGGUGCGAGUAGUUUGGGUGAGGAGCGCUGCUCAUAUUGGCUUUUCCUCUUAAGGAUGUUGCCUUUCAUGUGAGCCGGUGUCAUCCCAAUACGUGAAGAAUGGAUGACGGUGGCAGAGGGUUGGGCAGUAGAUACAGGCAAGGGAUGGAAAAGGAGGCGUUUUGGAAAAGAAACGGGAAGACCAGAUACGGGGGCAGUACAAAAAACGUGAUGACCUUAGAAAUCACAUGACACACAACAAGAUUCUUGAAUGUUUCAGGAAGCGCAUGAACGCCACCAAGGCCAAAUGUACCAGUGCGAUAUUUGUAAAAUGCAGUUCAGCCAGAAGGUGAGGGCAACUUUUCCGUUAUUACUGUCCAAAAACUAUGAAGCAAGGAAGUUAGUUUUGACUUUAGCGGACGAAGAUCGUAUCUGGUCUCACUGACUGGUUCUGUUCGUCAUGGUUCCAGAAAGCUUGGGAUUAUAUCGUUCACGGCUAGACAAUCUGAUAGAUGUCUAUAGCUAAUCUGUCUUUUCUCAUCCUUUAAUUUGACUUUCGCUUUUUGGUUCAACGGCGUUUCGUUUCCAGGCUAACAUGCAUCGUCAUCGGAUGAGACAUAGCGGUGUGAAGCCGUACGAAUGUCGGUUUUGCAAGAAGCGAUUUUUCAGGAAAGAUCAGGUAUUUUGUCUAGCCUCAUUUUGAUUUUUAUUGCCUUCGCCACCUCCGACUUCCUCCGCGGCAGCCAUUGCGUAAGCUGCCUGUCCCAACUCAAAAAUCGUGUUUUAUCUGCGCUUUGCGUAAUCAAAUUGAAAGUGAAACUGAUCCCCGCAAGAAAAGCGAAUCUGGCCGCCCGAAGGUCGUUUUCCAUUCGGAUUUCCCUUUCCGGGAAAAAGAGGAAGAAAAGGCAGUUGUUCGAGGGAUGCGCCUCGCAAACACUUUCUUCUCUACCGAUGCCGUUGUCUCUGUUUGCCCGAAACCGUUCUUGAAGGUCGACGAGCCUGAUCAAAACAGGGAAGACAACCAAUUUGACGGUGGUGUCAGGUUAUGUCGCGGAAUAUGGAAUCGUCGCCGCGCCUCUCUCCUUCCCCCAUUCCUCGUCUUUCAACCAUCAUCGGUGAAGAUGAAGGAGAAGAAGAAGACCUUGACGAUGGCACGCGCAUUUUUCGGAAGAUCCUCUCCAUCCCAUCUCUUAGCAUCUUCUUCGACGUCCACGUCUCCAUAUGAUUUUUUCAUUGCUUCCUUCCUACCGUCUUCUCCCUCCCAGCGACAAUCAGUAAUGAAAAAGAAGAGAAACCAACCGUCGGGUGUUUGGACUGUGUCUCUCUUUCUUAUGAUUGGUUCCCGAAAAGUUGAAAGCCAUCACCCCCUCACUGCCGAAAUGGUUUUUAUAUGAAGAACAGAGAAAAAGAGACUGUGGGAGGAAGAGAAGGAAGGCCGGAGAAAAUUGUAAUGUGAUUGAAAGGGAAAACCGAUUUUUUAGUUGAUCGGAAUGUUGUGUAGAGGAAGAGGGACUUGGCGGUGUACAGUAAAACACAGAAUGUGAUUUCCAGAUGCAAGAGCAUUCGAUGACUCAUAUCAAAACGGGUUUUGGCUUCGACUGUCCGGUGUCUCUGUGCACGAUGCAGUUCAGUCAGCACAAUGCUCUCCGAGCUCAUUUGGAGGAGACGCACACCAUCUCAUCAGCGAAUCCUGCGUCAUGCAAGCGAUGUAAUUUGAUGUUUGCCAACUCGCGUCGGCUUCUGCUUCACUACCAGACGAGGCAUGACGAAUCAGGAGAGGUAAGACUUUAGUUACGGCAUAUGGGCACAAACCACCCGUUAGUCAACGGAUAACACGCAUUAUGUGUGACGCUUCUCGGAAACGCGUCGGUUGCCCCGGGAGACGCACUCGUGUCUAACCUAUUAUCAUCACACGACAUCCUUGAAACGACCUUUGAUUUCAGUCGUCACCAAAGAAGGACUCGACUCCAAAGAGAAAGAAAUUAACGAACGGGAGCGCGCUGCCAGUGGAUCCUGCCAAUUUGAGUAUUUCCGAGCAAUUGCAAAGGAUGGUAAAAUCCGAGUUCAGCCCGCCCAACACUGACACUUCGGAUAACUCGACAACUUCCGAAUUCGAGAAAAUUGUAAGAAAAUUUUAUUUUAUUUAACUGCUUUCAAGUGCAAACACUAUAAGCUAGUACAAGUCAUGAUUGUUUACGCUUUCAGCCGCCAAGUUUCCCAAUGACAAGUCAAGAUAUUUUAAUGAUGUGUCUAUCGAAUGUGAACCAGUUCGGUGGAUUCGGAGAAAACAACAUCCCUAGAACUUUGCUCAACAUGGCCAACAUUCCGCUUCCGGUAUAAACUUUUUUCAGAGUAUAAUUUCCAGAACCACUUGUUUUCAGGCGCUUCAUUCUCUGCCAUCCGCCGCCUCUGCUGCGGUGAAACAAGAACAGGUGCAACUGUGGUCUGAGCAGACGUCGAGCUCUGUCAGCGUCAGUGCUCCGAGCCCCAGCGAGCAAUCGCACUCGCCACCUGCCAAUGACUCAUUAUUGUCAAUGGCCGAAAAGGAGAAGUCGCCAACUCCAGAGAAGGACGAAGAGGACGGCGUUGUAAGUACAAAACGACAGAUGAGAAGUGCUUGGUCACCGCGGGGGCAGUAGAAUUGCGUCAUUCUGUUAUUGUGAUCCGUAACAGAACUAUCGCCAACUCCAGGGAUCUAUCAGGAGUUCGGAAAUGAGAAAAUUCGUAUAUCUUUCCUGUUAUUGUCCAAUUCAGCCGAGACGUUCUCCUUCCCCCCGGUUUCUCUGGUUGAUCACAAAACAAGUAGGAAAGAGGCGGAAAAGGAAAAAGAUACUGAUAGGUGACUAUCCGUUUUGUUGCAAUUUUGGGAACGUUUCCUAGAAAAAAGUAAAAGAAGAUAAAGAACAUUACACUGCAUAUAGUUUGGUAGUAUCAGGCACAUGUCACAAGGUUUUUGGUGGUGAAGGACUGAUCGAGAACAUGAUUGGUCACUAAUUGAAUUGAUUUCCAGGAAUGUUGCCACUGCGGACUGAUGUUCUUCGACAACACCAUGUACCUGCUGCACAAGAGCUUACACUCCGAGGGAGAUCCAUUCAAAUGUGCAUUGUGCGGAACUCAAUGCGGGGAAAAGUACAUGUUCACCACGCAUGUCAUCUUCGCCGAUCAUAACACCCAAGCAACGACUUCCGCUUGA